GCCCAAUUGUUGUAUUUGCAUGUGUCGUUUACCACUCGACACAGACUGAAAUAACGUACACAGUAAAACUGUUGGCUGAAAGAAGCUGCCGUGAAAUUUUCAGUCUAAACGCGUGGGAAUCUGUGAGUUACUACUAGCUCGUGUGUGCUAGCUAAGGUUUAAAAGGAAACACACAUCCGACACGAGGAGAUAAAACAUGCCACCAAAAGGAAAGGGUGGCAAAGGUGCUAAAGGGGCAGCUGCUUCAGGCAGUGGAGACAGUGAUAAGAAGGAGAAGGCUCAGAAAGGAGGUACAGCUGUAAAGGUUCGGCAUAUUCUGUGUGAAAAGCAUGGUAAGUGUAUGGAAGCGAUGGAGAAGCUCAAGUCUGGCAUGCGCUUCAGUGAGGUGGCAGCACAAUACAGUGAGGACAAAGCCAGACAAGGAGGUGACCUUGGCUGGAUGACAAGAGGAUCAAUGGUGGGACCAUUUCAGGAUGCAGCGUUUGCACUAGCCAUCAGCACUAUGGACAAACCUGUAUACACUGAUCCUCCUGUGAAAACAAAGUUUGGUUAUCACAUCAUCAUGGUUGAAGGCAAAAAAUAAAUGGACUGAACAGCUUCAUGUUAUGGUAAAAUUAAUUUUGGUUAAUCUACAACACAGCAUUUACAACAUAGCAACUUUUUGCAGUCAUGAAAGAUUGUUUUGUUUUUUUAAUAUCACCAUGUAAAUAGCAGCCAAUAAAAACUGAUCUUAAUGAGCAAACUGUUUUGAUGAAUUUG